UUCGCUGCUGCGGGCGGGCGGGCGGCGGCGGCGGCGGCGGCCGUGAUGCUGAGUUCCCGGGCGCAGGCGGCGAGGACGGCGGCCGACAAGGCCCUGCAGCGCUUCCUGCGCACCGGGGCGGCCGUCAGAUACAAAGUCAUGAAGAACUGGGGAGUGAUAGGCGGGAUUGCUGCUGCUGUGGCGGCGGGGAUCUAUGUCAUUUGGGGUCCCAUUACAGAGAGGAAGAAGCGGAGAAAAGGGCUUGUCCCCGGGCUCGUCAACCUAGGGAACACCUGCUUCAUGAACUCGCUGCUGCAGGGCCUGUCUGCCUGCCCUGCCUUCGUCAAAUGGCUGGAAGAGUUCACCACCCAGUACUCCAGGGACCAGCAGGGGCCACACACACACCAGUGCCUGUCCCUGACACUGCUGAACCUCCUGAAAGCUUUGUCCUGCCAAGAAGUCACUGAGGAUGAGGUCUUGGAUGCAAGCUGCCUGCUGGAUGUCUUGAGGAUGUACAGGUGGCAGAUUUCUUCCUUUGAAGAACAGGAUGCUCACGAGCUAUUCCACGUCAUCACCUCGUCCCUGGAGGAUGAGCGAGACCGCCAGCCUCGAGUUACUCAUCUGUUUGACGUCCACUCCCUGGAGCAGCAGUCAGAAGUGGCUCCCAGACAAGUCACCUGCCACACGAGAGGGUCUCCUCACCCCACGUCCGGUCACUGGAAGUCUCAACAUCCUUUCCAUGGCAGACUCACUAGUAAUAUGGUGUGCAAGCACUGUGAACACCAGAGUCCUGUUCGAUUCGAUACCUUUGACAGCCUUUCCCUCAGUAUCCCAGCUGCCACUUGGGGGCACCCACUGACCCUGGACCACUGCCUUCAUCAUUUCAUCUCAUCCGAGUCGGUGCGAGACGUUGUGUGUGACAACUGUACAAAGAUUGAAGCCAAAGGGACGUUGACUGGGGAGAAGGUGGAGCAUCAGAGGACCACUUUCGUUAAGCAGCUGAAGCUGGGGAAGCUGCCCCAAUGCCUUUGUAUCCAUCUCCAGCGGCUCAGCUGGUCCAGCCACGGCACGCCCUUGAAGCGCCAUGAGCACGUGCAGUUUAACGAGUUCCUGAUGAUGGACGUCUAUAAGUACCGCCUCCUGGGACACAAACCCAGUCAGCAUGGCUCCAAAGGCCGUGAGAACCUGGGGUCUGCCCUAGAACUGCAGGACACACAAGCCUCGGCGAAGCCAGGUGUAAGCCAGCCAGGGGCCCCCAAGACACAGAUAUUUGUGAAUGGCACCUGCUCCUCGUCUCUGUCGCCAGCCCUGCCUUCCCCGAUGGCCUUCUCUCUGCCGGUGGCUCCUGACUACAGCUCCUCCACAUACCUGUUCCGCUUGAUGGCAGUUGUCGUCCACCAUGGAGACAUGCACUCCGGACACUUUGUCACUUAUAGAAGGUCACCACCUUCAGCCAAGAGCCCUCUCUCAACCAGCAACCAGUGGCUGUGGAUUUCCGAUGACACCGUGCGCAAGGCCAGCCUGCAGGAGGUCCUGUCUUCUAGCGCUUACCUGCUGUUCUAUGAGCGAGUUCUGUCCAGGGCACAGCAGCAGGGACAUGAGUACAGGGCUGAGGAGUGACAGGCCAGCUCAGAGCCAGGGCCCAUGGUGAGGUCCACAGUCCGGGACUAAAGAAGGCAUGC